AUGUUACCUUGGCAUAUUAGAAAGGCGUCACUGUAUAAGUAUGUAUACCAUCUUCAUAACAGUGAACACGUUUUCCGUUGGCAGGCAUUUAACAAACGCUCUCAGAGAAUGGAUCGCAAAAUAUUUUCCCUACUCUCAUUCAUGGAACAAAUGCAAGAAAAGUACAUCCAUCGUUUGAGACAGUUUGUGGCUAUCAAAAGCAUAUCGGAAAGCAAAGCCAACCGUCUAGAUGUUGUCAAAGCCCUCAGAUGGAUCGCUUUUCGCCUGCUCAGACUUGGAGCAGAUGUCCGAAUGAAACAGCUAGGCAAGGAGUCCAUCUACACUGGAGACCAUAUCCCGCUCACGAAAACUGAUGAGCUGGAGCUGCCUGACGUCGUCAUCGCCUCAAUCGGUUCUGAUGUGACCAAAUACACAGUUCUAAUUUAUGGUCACGUAGAUGUCAAGCCAGUGUACGAGGCUGAACAAUGGCUGCACGACCCGUUCGAUUUGCAAGUCCGCGACGGGUAUUUAUGUGGACGUGGGGUGACCGACGAUAAGGGACCCCUAUUGGCUUGGAUUAAUGUUAUUGAGGCAUUCCAGAAAACCAACAUAUCCCUUCCGGUAAAUGUGAAGUUUGUGAUCGAAGGUAUGGAAGAAGUGGGAUCAGAAGGUUUGCAUGAACUUCUCAAUGAGUUAUCUUUGGGCUUCUUCAAAAAUGUGGAUUAUGUGGCAAUGUCGGACAAUUACUGGCUCGGUCAAGAUACUCCUUGCCUAACGUACGGAUUACGGGGUGUCAUCUAUUUCUACGUUACGGUAGAGGGUCCGGAAAGAGUCCUUCAUUCUGGAUGUCACGGUGGUGCGGUCGUGGAACCACUGAACGACCUGAUUAGCUUACUGGCUGCGUUGAACGACAAUCAAGGAAGGCCACUUGUGCCAGGAAUUUAUGAUGAUGUGCAAGAAGUUGAUCCGGAGGAGAUCAAACGCUUCGCCAAAUUGGACUACAACCCAGUGGUCUACCAGUCUCACAUCGCAACGCCUGGACUGCAGUCGUUCGACAAAGUGGACCUUCUCCGCCGCCGAUGGUGCCUGCCGUGUAUCACAUUGCACGGAAUCGAGCACUCAUUCGACCAACCGGGAGCGCCAACUCUCAUAUCCAAAAAGGUUAUGGGAAAGUUCUCCGUCCGCAUUGUUCCAGACCAAUCACCGAAGGUCAUUGCACAGAAGGUGACCAAGUAUUUGGAGACUUUGCAUCAGCUUCGCGGUUCACCCAACCGGCUGAACGUCAAGGUAUUUCGGGAUGGCAGGCCAUUUUUGGCCGAUCAUACGUGUACAAAUUAUAGAGCCGCAUAUGCUGCCAUCAGCAAAGUAUGGAAUAAAGAGCCCGAUCUAACGCGUGAUGGGGCAGCAAUUCCGGUGGCUAUUGCACUUGAGGAAUCAACCAGAAAAGACGUGGUCCUCAUUCCAAUGGGCCAAAGUUUGGACUUCCAACAUGAGAACAACGAGCGACUAUCCAUUCGAAAUUUCACCAACGGAAUGAAGGUGUUUGCGCUUUACUUCUUCCAACUGGCGUCUAUGGACGCGGAGGACAGUGAAGAGGAGGAACAGCGGCAGCGCGAACGAGAAAAGUGGCGAAUGAAAAUGGUGUAGGCACGCGAUGGAAAGUCGAUCAAAUGAAUGGCGAAUGGGAGAAGAACAACUCAUCGGAACGGAUUAGCACUCUAUGGUAACAAUGGCUUCGUCUGCUUUGGAUUCCCCUUCAAAUUCAAAGCCCUUGCACACGAAAAGCGGUGGGUCAACGAAGGUAUAGUUGUAAUACCACUCAACUACCCGAUCAAAGUAUUCCCACUGUGGUCACAUGCACUUAUUUUAAAAAGAAUCAAAAAACACAAAAUCCAUGUGUGC